AUGAUAUAUAAAGAGGCAAAGAGGAAGGAAGAUAGGACGAGGGAAAAGGCGGAAAGAGACAGGCAAGCGAAAGAGGGGGAUUGCCACGCCGUUUCGGUCGUCGCGACCGGCGCGCCUCUUCGUUCCACGAUCGAUUUUCCACGAUUUUUCACUCCUCAGUGUACGAUGCCUCCUCGAGGAGAGUAUCAGGGCCACUGUCCAGCGACACGUCGGUCGGUCGAUCCGUUCGAUCGCUUUCCUCCAGCCACCACCCCUGUGCAACACCCUCGCCACCGGCUGAAAUAUCGUAUAUCUGGUACACAGUAUGAUCGUUCGCAUCGAGUGAGCAUCGAAGUGGAUCGUGAUCGCGAACAAAAUCUCGUGGACAAAAAUCAGCAACGUGCGUGUACGGGGAUGAGACGGCGUAAACCAGGGUGUUUCUACCCGGUGGCCUACCACGGGCCGGUGUUUUGAAACACGGUGCAGACAAAAGGUGAAGAACAGCGAUGAACGUUCGCGGAGACGCGACUCGUACCGCGGACCGUCCUGUCGCGUGUUGUUCCCGUGGUUGGUGUGCGUGUCACCGAGGGUGAAAACGAGCGCGAUGAGAGGAACGCCGACAAGGGCAACGAGGAUGGACGAAUUCGUGAAAUAGCCCGGUGGAGAGCGAGCCAAGCCGUGUGUUGUGCCGUGUGCCCGUGCCG